GCUGCGGCGCAGGCGCGCGCUUGAUAGCGGAGAAACAUGGCGGCCCCAACGUUUACUGCGAGGUUGUAUUCGCUGCUGUUCCGCAGGACUUCCACCUUCGCCCUCACCAUCGCCGUGGGAGCCUUGUUCUUCGAGCGCGCUUUCGAUCAAGGCGCGGACGCGAUCUACGAACACAUCAACCAGGGGAAGCUGUGGAAACACAUCAAGCACAAGUAUGAGAAUAAGGAGUAGUUCCUUAGAGACCCCUACCCAUGCCGGAAAGGACCAGGUCCACCCACCAGCUGUUUGCCCAAAACCAGGGCCUCAGCCCGAAGAUGAUGCUCAGAUUACUCUUCAUCGACCACCUUUAGCUGUUGGCAAGAAGCGGCUUCACCUGACAGACUCUUUAACUUCUGCUGUGUUUGAACUAUGUUUAGUCAGAGUCAUCAGCAAAUAAAUGUAAACUGUCCUUGA